GGCGACGGAAGGUAGAAAAGUUGAAUCAUUUGAAAGCAGCGACUUCCGAAGUUGCGGUUCUUUCUCCCUUUCCCUCUGCAUCAAGGCGAGAGCUUCGCUUUACGUCAUUGCCACUCAUCGUCUUCGGGUUCUGACUUCAGAGACUAUAAUUAUCAGUUGAUCUUGUCCAACUGCAGUUUCGGCUUUGUUCUCAAGGGGGUACCCGAGCCAACGGCCAUGACAACGGCAUGGUUUUGGGUCCUCUCUGCCUUCGUCAUCAUGGCGUCUAUUGGAAUAGAUCCCUUCAUCGUCUUUGCAUCUUCGCUGGAGGUUUCUGCAGAUCUCAAUAGUGUUCUCCGGUCACCGGGCAAAAUCAACCGCCGCGGUAGUCAGCCAAUGAUUUUGCCGCUCUUCCUUUCCUCCCCCAAUUCGUCUCGGCAGUCUUUCGAAGGAAAUUUCCGUCGACAGCUGCAGAAAGCUGAGCAUCAGAACCCUAAUGCCCACAUGCGGCUUUAUGACGAUCUCCUCAUGAAUGGCUACUAUACCACCCGCCUUUGGAUCGGAACACCUCCUCAGGAGUUUGCUCUUAUUGUUGAUUCAGGGAGUACUGUUACAUAUGUUCCGUGCUCUACUUGCGAACAGUGUGGCAAACAUCAGGACCCAAGAUUCCAACCAGAUUUGUCUAGCACUUACCAACCUUUAAAGUGCAAUGUGGGUUGUAAUUGUGACAUGGAGAGGAGCCAAUGCAUUUAUGAGAGGCAGUAUGCUGAGAUGAGCUCUAGCAGUGGCGUUCUUGGUGACGAUGUUAUAUCCUUUGGCAACGAAAGUAAACUUGUGCCCCAACGUGCUGUUUUUGGUUGUGAAAAUAUGGAAACUGGCGAUCUUUACAGUCAACAUGCUGAUGGCAUCAUGGGAUUGGGCCGUGGAGAGCUUAGUAUUGUGGAUCAACUUGUUGAUAAGGGUGUAAUUAGUGAUUCAUUUUCACUAUGUUAUGGUGGAAUGGAUGUUGGUGGUGGUGCUAUGGUUCUUGGGGGAAUUACUCCUCCGCCCGACAUGGUCUUUUCAUCUUCAGACCCUGUCCGCAGUCCAUAUUACAAUAUUCAGCUGAAGGAAAUACAUGUGGCGGGAGAGUCAUUGCAAUUAAACCCAAAUGUCUUUGAUAGAAAGCACGGAACUGUGCUCGAUAGUGGUACUACAUAUGCUUACUUACCAGAAGCAGCAUUUGUAGCAUUCAAGGAUGCUAUUAUGAAGAAACUUCACAACCUCAAACAAAUCCGUGGACCUGACCCAACUUAUAAUGAUAUUUGCUUUUCUGGUGCUGGAAGGGACGUCUCCGAACUCUCAAAGACCUUUCCAGAAGUUGACAUGGUCUUUGACAAAGGACAAAAGUUGUCCCUGGCUCCAGAAAACUACUUGUUCCGGCAUUCAAAGGUUCGUGGUGCAUAUUGCCUGGGAAUUUUUCAAAAUGGAAAGGAUCCAACAACUCUUUUGGGAGGAAUCAUUGUCCGCAAUACUCUUGUAACUUAUGAUCGUGAGCAUCAAAAGAUUGGUUUCUGGAAAACUAAUUGUUCAGAAUUGUGGGGCAGGCUUCAUAUACCUGACGCAUCUUCAGCAGCACCUUCAGCUUCCGAUAGUGGGAACUCAGCUCUAGGAAUGCCACCUGCCAUUGCCCCAAGUGGAUCAUUGGACCCUAUCAUUCCAGACAAAUUCCAAGUUGGGCUUAUAAUGUUCGAUAUGACCUUCAGUGUCAACAACUCAGAUCUGGUUCCGCACCUCACAGAACUUGGAGGCUUCAUUGCCAAGGAGUUAAAAGUUAAUAAUUCACAGGUCCAUUUAUUGAAUUUUACUAGCAAAGGAAAUGAUUCCCUAAUAAGAUGGGCCAUAUUUCCGGCAGGAUCGGCGAAUUACAUUUCUAAUUCAACAGCAAUGAGCAUCAUUUCCCGGUUAACUGAACACCGUCUACAUCUUCCUGAUACUUUUGGAAAUUAUAAGCUAGUUCAGUGGAAAUUUGAGCCACCAAGGACAAGGACAUGGUGGCAGCAACACAUCUUGGCAGUUGUUGCAGGAGUUAUUGUUAUGUUGGUUGUUAUUGGUUUAUCAACUUUUGGUGGAUGGUUCAUUUGGAGGCACAGACAGCAAGCACUCGGUGUGUACAAGCCUGUGGGUGCCGUUGUUCCUGAGCAAGAACUCCAGCCGCUGUCAAAUGCAAACUGAUGAAAGCAUCUCCUGCUGCUUGAUUUAUACCCAAAAAAUGUCCAACAUUCUUUUGGCUCAGUAACACUUGGAGGGCGAGUCCUGCACAGUAAGCUCUUAAACUGAUCAGUAUGUAAGCCCAACUGCUGAGGGUAGUCACAUGAAGUUGACCCUUGAAAAAUUUUGUGAACAUGUGGGAUAUAAAUACAUGAAGUACCACAUUUCGAUGCAGCAUAUCUUGUCUUGUAUGAAGUAUUGUAGAUUCAUUGCAACAAAGCCUGCCCAAUGAGGCAGAUUCAGGCAACAAACUCUUGCAUUUUCUUUU